UUCCCUAAGCAUCCCAAUAAACAUGCUCUAAUAUCCCUUUUGUACUAUUUAUGAUUGGGCAUACCAAAGUGGGGUAAGGAAACACAAAGGUAGAGAGCUAAAUAAGUUUAUUUAGAAUUAGUCAAAACUUAAAAGCAAUCCUCUACUAUGAAUGAUUUUUUGUGGGGUUGCAUUUUUGUGAGUGAAGCAUCUUUUUCAAACUAUGCAGAGGAAACCAAAGACUUUCUCUCACUUACAAAUAUGUACAUUAAGUCAAGGAUCCAAAGCAUACUUGUAUAUGUCUGUCUUAUCUUAGUGUGUUGACAUGUCCCUUGUGUCUUUAAACUUCAUUUUCUCCAUAGAGUGAAAGCAAAAGAAAAGAUGGGCUUCUUCUGUCAUCCACUUACCAAGAUUUGCUGAUUCAUCCCACUCUUGGAUUCUUGUUUUAUUUAUCUUCUUUGUACAACGAGACACUGUUAUGGCUUCUUUGUCUGAAAUCGUGGAGAAAGAGCUUGUAGCAUCACCAAGAAGCAAGCUUUCAAUAACAAGUGAAAGCAGUCUAGCUUCUGUAGCCUCCUUAUCCAUGCCCCUUAUUCAGGAGAUUGUUUUAUCAGCAGACAUCAAAUGUAGUGACUGCCAAGAGAAAAUCGCUGACAUAAUGUGGAGGAUGAUCGAAACAUAUUCGAUAAUGAUGAGCGUGUUGGAGAAGGAAGUGACACUGACAUGUACAUAUUCUGGUGACCGGAGAGUCUCCAAAUCAUAUGGAGAAGCUCUUCUCUGCAAAAUGUCCACCUUCAAGCGUAGGCUAUUUCAUUCUUCCAAGAAACAACAACUCAAUGUUGCUUAGUUUCUGGUUUUUGUUAACAUCCUCUUUUUAAUAAACUCUUUGUUUAGAUGCUUCUUGUAACAAAUAACCUAACAAAUAGAAAAAAUAUUUGAGGAAUGAGAAAAAUAAAAGAGAUUAUUGGGAAGUUAGAUUGCCGCCACUUUGUUGCCAGAGAUUGAUGAUGUCAGUUGCUUGAUUAAGGAGAAUGAUCAU